CUAAAACAAAGCAUGGGGAAACUCGCGCCCAAAACUUGGUGCGCCUCUCAAAUCAUAUUUCAAAAAAUAUGCCAACGUUUAUAGUUGUGACCACAACGACGUCGUUCGACGCUCUGGAGGUGUAAUCGCUCCAGCGUGCGGUGUCUCUGGCCUUCCAAGUUCCAGGCUCCGCGUUUCCUCGUAGAUUUGUCCUUCCCACCCCUUCCGUGCCUUCGGUUCGAACUUCGAACCCUACCCCCUUCGGCGUUUGUUCUUCUUCCUCCUCCUUCGCAAUGAAGCUCGUCAGGUUUUUGAUGAAGCUGAACAACGAGACUGUUUCAAUUGAGCUAAAGAACGGGACCGUUGUCCAUGGCACCAUUAUAGGUGGGCUGCAAGCGUAUCCUGCUGGGCUAGAUGUCUGAUGGCAUGUUUCCUUUCUUCUGUCCUGGUGGUGUGGACAUCAGCAUGAAUACUCACCUGAAAACCGUGAAGCUAACACUGAAAGGGAAAAAUCCAGUCACUCUGGACCAUCUCAGUGUUCGUGGCAACAAUAUCCGGUAUUACAUUCUUCCUGACAGCUUGAAUCUUGAGACAUUGCUGGUCGAAGAGGCACCUAGAGUCAAACCUAAGAAGGCAACUGCUGGAAGGGCUUUGGCUCGUGGUCGAGGUCGCGGCCGUGGUCGUGGACGUGGUCGGGGGCGAUAAUCGAGUUGCGGUUGGGUGGAAUGUUUUUGCGUUUGGUGUAAACAAUUUCUGUUGUAACUGGAAUUUGUGUAGCCAAUUACUUGUGGGUAAGUGAGGUGUAGCUGCUGUUUAUGUUUGAAACUCCAUUUGUUUAAAGCAUAUUCCGACAGGGAGUGUUGUGGUUCUGGAUUUGAGUAAUUUUGUUGCUCUUAGGAGUGGGAACAUACCGGAGAAAGCUAUAUACUUGUCUUACCUGCUUGAUGAACUGUCCAGUUCGAUCUAUGUUGCAAUUUGGUGUCAAUUGGCUGAGCAUCAUAUUUCUAUGUUCACUAUAGUGUAAUAACUAUGGAUGC